AUGAUCCUCCUCCAAAAUUGUAUAGACAAAUUUAAUGUAUAUAACACCAGGUGACCAGACUGACUAUAAAUGUCAAAGCACCGUUGGAAUAUACGUGUAAUACCAAAUCCGUUAUUUGCUUUUCUAAACAGUUCCACACUUCCGUGGCUGCGGUUUCAGCGCACUUCAUAUAAAAUAAUUUCUACUUUUCUUCUGUGUUCGUCGACCGUGUAAUUUGUUGUCUGUUUUUGUUUUUAAAGUAAAAAUUAAUUUAAAGAAAACCAUUUUCAUCUGAACAAUUACGAGAUUUUGUGUUAUUUGUAUAGAAAAUUUAAGGACUUUUUAAAGCAUGGCUCGUACUUUAGGUACUAUUAACGCAACUGAGGAUAAACUUAGGCUACUUUCUAUAAGUAGAAAAUACUUUGAUAAGUUUUCUAUAUUACUACGCACGCCCGAGCAUAUUCGUGUGGCCAAAGUUUCUACACGUUUCCGUGACGUUUUUGAAGUGUCUGCCCAUCGGGAAGGCACAACAUUACAACUUCACCAUAUGCCUGACAUGACAUCCUGGGAGCUGCGCGAAUUCUUUCGCUUAGCCGGUAAACAUAUUGAGCAUUUAACAUGCGAGAUUGCCUUGGUGGAUCGAGAUUUUUUAAUUCCACUGAUUAUAUCAUUCUGUCCACAAUUGAAAGCCUUAAUUUUCUAUAAUUCUUUGAAUGAUGAUUCGAUCAAAAAGUUGCAACACUUAAAGUGCCUGAGGUCGCUGGCACUUAGCGAUAAUCAAAUGUUGACAGGCGUUUCUCUUCUCCUUCACGCAGGUGAAAAUAUAAAUCAAUUUUCAUACAUAACGGAACUCAAUUUAUGUGGUUGCAAUAAACUGACAUCCCAUAACUUGGUGGGGAUUCUCCAAUAUUUAGAACACCUAAGUAGACUUGAUAUACGCGAAAGUGUACGCCCUACUCCAGACAUUUACACCGCCUUGGCUAUACAUUGCCAAAAGAUCGAGGUAUUGAAGAUGUCCUGUCCUAACGUCCCGUUUAAAAUAAUAUCGCACUUGCCACGGCUAUCUGAACUGACGUUGGUGGAUCGGGUUUCGAGUUGUUUCAAAAAGAAAUCAAUGCUUUUGGAGCUGGCAGCAUAUAGAGCUAAUCAGAUGCAGCUUUUGGAAAUCAUUUCGAGAGAUACUUUGCGGUUCCAACAUAUGGUGCUAAUAUCACACCUAGAAAACUUAAGAGUCCUCUCCAUCACAAGCAAUCUGGCAGUCGAUGACGAGGCUCUAAAUCUAUUUUGUAAUUUGAUAAAACUCGAAAAGCUAACAUUAAAAGAAUGCAAGGCCGUAAGCGAUGAAGGACUCUCGAGAUUAUUAUCACAUUGUAAGCAACUACAUUACAUAAAUGUACAAUUUUGCUUAAAAAUAACAAACCAAUUUGCCAUUGGCGCCAUUCAUACAUUAACCACCGAAAAUACUGAAAGAAAGAAGCCAUUAGAACUAUAUGUACACAGAACGAAAGUCGAUAUGAGUGUACUUUCCAAGAAUGCUACAUACAAGGAGGCCGUGGCGAAUUCACUUAUCAAAGUCGUGCCGAAUGUGACUCAGCUAGAUUUAAUUUAUCAAGUCUUUUUCAAUUACCCCUUACACGAAGCCAAGAGCGGUGACGAAGAUGAAGGUAUUGAUCUUACCGAGCCAAAACUAUUUGGCUUUUAAUAUUUUUUUAUAUUUUUAUUUUAUGUACUUUACUUUGGUUUACGUUUUGCGUAACUGUAUUAUUUGUUCGUGUUGUUUUAACUCAAAAUUGUAUUGAGCAUAAAUAAAGAACUAAAAUCUUUGCAAACUGCAAAGUUGACUUUGAAGACAACAA